AUGGCGCCGCGGAUGGGGCGGCCAAGCCUUCAGGCGCAGCGGCGCCUGGUGCAUGCGCUCUCGUCGCGCGUCCCCAUGUGGGAGGAGCAAGACCACCAUCGCAUACUGGAGCGCGCAGGCAGCAUGCCAGAUCCUGUCGACGCUGCGCCCGACCACCACCACGACGGCGACGGCGGCGAUGACGGGGCCGGCGGCAGCCCCAGCGGCGGCGGUGUCGGGGAGGACUAUGCUUUGAGCGCGACGUGGCGGCGCGACCCGCGGCGGCAGCUGCGCCUGCUGCAGGAGGCGCUGUGCCCGCUGACGUUCACGUCGGGCGACCUGCGGCCGCACUCGCAGCCCAAGGCGCGGGAGCUUUACGAGACGCUGCUGCAGGUGGAGUACUCUUAUGACUUCAAGAUCGUCUUCUUGACUUACGCCAAGGGGUGGCUGCUCCUGGACGUUGUGUCCACGCUGCCCCUUGAGUGCAUCGUGCUGGCAGCAGACCGCAGCCUGGACAGCUUCAACGCUGGAUACCUCAACAGGAUGCUCAAGGUCUUCGCCAUCACCCGCCGCGCCCACGGCGACCCCUUCCGCGUCGUGAAUCUGCUGCCGUUUUUUUCCAACAACUUUAACUACUCCAUGCGGCUGGUGGUGAUAUCAGCGUCCCUGCUGCUGCUGUCGCUGCACUACUUUGCUUGUGCGCUGUGGCUCGUGCUGCGCGUGCAGGGUUUCCCGCCCAAGACCUGGCCUGUGGAGCUGCAGCUGCUGGACGGGCCCGUUCACGUGUACGAGGCGUGGACCUGGGGAGUAUUUUCCGUCACCAGCGCCAUGAUCGGCCUGGGUUAUGGCUCAUAUCCGCCAGUGACAUACGCAGAGGCGGUGCUCUGGACAAUCGAGAUGAUAACCAUGGCGGCGGGCUGGGCCACUGUCAAUGGCUUCAUCUUAUCAGCAAUCCUGGAGUUCCUGGCGGCGCAGGCCCGCCACAAAACGCUACUAAUGCAGGCGAGGCACCCGCUGUGUUUCUCAUACCCUGCCCAAAGGGAGGUCGACCGCCGCGGCCUGCCGCCGCCGCUGAAGCAGGCGGUGAUGUCAUACCUGAAGCUGAAGCAUCACGACGAGAACACGCAGGACAGCGGCGCAUUCAUGCAGGGCCUCGCCCCCGCGCUGCGGCUGCAGGUCGCCCUCGCCAGCGUCAGCCAGGCGCUGUCCCGCCUGCCCGUCCUGCGCGACAGCCGGCAGCUGCUGCAGCGGACUGCGCUGCUCGUGGAACACCAGGUGGCGCCAGAAGGCCAGCUGAUCGUGAUCCCAGGAACAUGCCACAAGCAGCUGUACUUCAUCACCCGGGGCUAUGCUGACGUGUACCUGGGGAAGCUGCUCGUCGACACCCUGGCGGCGGGCGACUCGUUCGGGGAGCCGGCGCUGCUGCCCGUCCCGCCGCUGGCAGAGCUGCCGCCGCGGCUGGCGGCGCUAUGGGGCCGCGAGUCUGGUUUCAGCGCGCGGGCAUGGCCGUGCCUGUACUGCAUACGCGCGCUGUCGGCUUGCAGCCUGCUGGUACUGGACGCAGAAGCGUUUGCAGAGCUGCUACAAGAGUACGGCUGGGCGGAGGAGCGGAUGCGGCAGCUGGGCCGGCGCCACGCGGCUGUGCUGGAUUCGCUGCCAAUGCUAGACGAAAUCUGGGCGGCAGCUGCAGGGGCAGAUCCGAACCGGGACCCGGCUGCUGAUGUCAUGUCUCGCAACAUGCGUGCAAAUGCCAGGCGAGGUGCGGAGGGCGCCAAGGAGGCCGCCACGAAGGCAUACCGCGCGGCCGCAGCGGCACUGGCGCGUCCGGGAGCCCCGGUGGGGCCCAGUGGUGGUGGAUGGAGGACACACGGCGGCGGCGGCGGCCGCGGCAGCAGCGGCGGCGAGGCAGGGGCGGAUGUGUAG